AAAUAAAGUGAAAUUUGGUGAAAAGAAAAUUUAAAAAGAAAUUGUGUAAAGUGUAAUAUCUUGUCAUGGAAAAUAUGUCAACUGUUGAUGCAAAGACAGUUAGUACCAACAAAAACAGAGUAGCCGUUACAGAAGAUUUACUUAGGAAAUAUGGAUGGGGAGAUCUUAAUUUGCGUGACUAUCAAAUAGAUGGAGUAAACUGGCUGAUAGAUUGUUACAACAGGGGUCAUGGUUGUAUCCUUGGAGAUGAAAUGGGUCUUGGAAAAACCUGCCAGACAAUUGCAUUCCUUUGCUAUCUGGAUGGAAUUACUUCCAAUGGAAAACCCUUUCUUGUGGUUUGUCCACGUUCUGUAGUUGAAAACUGGGAAGCAGAAUUCAAACGGUUUUCACCAAAGACUGAGACUCUUUGUUUUGUUGGUGACAAAGAUUUAAGGAAUGCUUUGAGCUACAAGAUUAAGAAAUCUAAAAAUGGAAAUGCUUACUGUUUUAAUGUUUUGAUCACAACAUAUGAGUUGUGCGCAUACCACAGACUAAAAAACCAUGAUUCUUUACUUUAUCAGACGCUUGAACAGUGGGACAUACAAACAACAAUCUUUUUGACUGGCACCCCAGUACAAAACAACCUGAGGGAACUGUAUGCUUUGCUAAGCUUUGUCUCACCUCGAUCCUUUAAAAUCUCCAGGAUUGACAAGUUUGUGCAGAAAUACAGUAACACAGACAGAAAGGAAGAUCUACAAGAGCUACAUACCUUGCUGCAGCCAUACCUACUGCGUCGAACGAAGGUGGACGUUCUCAAAGACUUACCAGAGAAGGCAGAAGUGAUUUUAUAUCAUGGAUUGUCCAAACUGCAGAAGAAACUUUAUAAAGCUAUCCUUACAAAAGAUUUAGAUGUGUUUGACAGUACCAACCCGUACAGCAGUGGCCAGCCUCGUCUGAUGAACAUCUUGAUGCAGCUCAGGAAGUGUGUCAACCACCCGUACCUCUUUGAUGGCGUAGAGCCGGAGCCGUUUGAGCUAGGUGAGCACCUGGUGGAGGCGAGUGGCAAACUCGUCCUCAUAGACCGACUGCUGUGUUACCUGAAGAAAGCCAACCACAAGGUGCUGCUCUUCUCUCAGAUGACCCACAUGCUGGACAUCCUGCAAGACUACCUCGGAUACAGAAAUUUUACUUACGAGAGACUGGAUGGAUCAGUGAGAGGAGAGGAAAGAUUUCUGGCUGUGAGAAAUUUUAAUGAGAAGGACGAGACAUUUGCCUUUCUUCUCAGCACAAAGGCAGGUGGUCAGGGCUUGAAUUUGACAGCAGCUGAUACUGUGAUAUUUGUUGACAGUGAUUUUAAUCCACAAAAUGAUCUACAGGCUGCAGCUCGCGCUCACAGAAUUGGACAAACAAGGUCUGUGCGGGUGAUUCGACUUGUUGGGAGAAACUCGGUUGAAGAAAUCAUUCUGAAGCGGGCUGAAGAAAAAUUGAAACUGACUGGAAAAGUCAUUGAAGGAGGUCAGUUUGGAGCUGGCAACAAGACACAGUUAUUUGCAUCCAACAAAACUCAGUUACAAGAUAUUCUCAAGUUUGGUGUGGAGAAUCUGUUGAAGGAGGAAGAUGACAGUGAUGUGGAUGUUGACUUCACCAAGAUGCUCGGCUCCUCGGUUGACGGCCAGUGGCAGGUUGUGGAAACACAAGAUGAGGAGCAGGAAACUGAGGCUGAACGUGAUGAGAAUGGAAGCAUUCCUCAGAGUAUGUACGUCUUUGAAGGAACAGAUUACUCUAAGGAGACGUCUGCCGCUGAUAGAACGGCGUUUGAGGAGCUAAUUAAUGUGGAACGAGCACUCUUAGAAACGUCAGCUAACAGUGAUGGCGAUCGACUGCUGCGUAAAAAACAGUCCAGCUUGCUGGGCCCACUUCCUGAAAUACAGCGGAAACCUAGAAAACAGCUCACCCCAGAAGAACUUGAAGAAAGACAAAAAAAGCGUAAAGAGGCUGCUGAGAAGCGUGCUAAACUCGCAGAAGAACAGGAAGUGAGAAGAGCGCAGGAAAAAAAGAAGAAAAGAGAGGAAAUGUGGAAGAAGAAUGGCUACAUGUCCUGCAGCAUCAUGCUGGACAGUGAGGGAGAAGAAGAAGAUGAUGACGAUGAUGUUGAUGAUGAGGAUGAUGGUGGGAGUCGGAGCAGAGAUAUCAACUACAUCAGUGGCGAUGUUACUCACCCUGUUGAUGCAGACACAGAAAACAACAUCAUUGUACAUUGUGCUGAUGAUAGCGGACGGUGGGGGAGUGGCGGACUGUUUUCGGCUCUCACGAGACGCUCCCUGCAGCCACAGGAGCAGUACGAGUUCGCUGGUCAGAUGGAAGAUCUUGCUCUUGGUGACUGCCAUCUUAUUGCCAUUGAUGAUGUUGAGAAGAGGGACGAAGGCCGUGACUGGUUAGGACUAAUCAUUGCCCAGCACCGAGACAAAAGAAACCAACUCUCUGGGAUUAAGCUGUCAGCUUUAAGGGUUGGUCUGGAAAAAAUAUACUCUGUGGCUAAACAACGUAAAGCCUCUGUGCACCUGCCCCGCAUUGGUCAUGACACGUCAGGUUUUAACUGGUACGGUACUGAAAGACUCAUCAAAAAAAUCCUAGCUUCAAGAGGCAUUAAAACCUACAUGUAUCCUUAUUGGAGUUUUUUGGGGGGAGGAGUUAUAACAGUCUUCUUCUAUAACAUACCACAAGAAGAUAUCAAGAGAUACAAACGAUACAUUGUCGCUUAUGAUGGUGAUAUUACAACGUCUGUCCAGUCCAGUACAACUCAUCUAGUGACAACUACGGAUGCAGAUAAAGAGGCUAUUGAAGAGAUGCUAGUGGAACACAGCAGUGUCCAGGUUGUCUACUCCCAGUGGCUGGAUGAUUGUCUGGCAAAAGGAAAACUACUGGAGACAGACUUCUAUCAAAUGGACAUUGAAAUCUUUUGAUUUCAUUCCAGUCUCAAUGCACUUGAACUGUGAUAAAACCUCAGAUGUACAUUCCAAUUUUAAUUAUGUUUUUAGUGCUUUUUUGUUAAUGCAUAGUUUUUAUGCAUAGCUGAUUUCUUCAUCUUUUUUUUUUUACCACAGGUCAUAUAGGUCAUAUCCAUACUGAUAGUGAUAAAGAAAACAUACAGCAAAUAAAGUUGACACUCUUUCUUUGAUGUUUUGUACAUAGGCCUUUAUCAAAAUUAUAAAUGAGUUACCGUAGCAAUAAGAAUUCAUAUACUCAAUAUGUUAACACACAUGCACAGUAAUGUAUGAAUUAUCAUUGUUACGGUAUAAGUAAUAUAUUUUCUUGUAUCUUUUUGUAAUAGUAUAUCAUAAACAGUACUUAUGUUGUAGCCAACUCAUUUAUAAUUUUAAUAAACUAAGGCAUAUGACCAAAACAUCAGAGCGUGUGUGAUCUUUAUUGUUGAUGUAUGUAUUUGUACAUGGGCAUUGGAACAUAUCAGCACUAUAUAUUAAUUCACCUUUAAACUGGAGGGCCAAUGCAUUAUUAUGGUAGUGUUGGUGGACAGUGCCACCGCCCACCACUCAACCCUGACUUCCAACGCCUAUGUUGUAUCAAGCCUACAUAUGAUACAAACUGAAAACAAAUGUAUAUCGAUUUUCAUUCACACCACUCAUCUUCUGUGUACUGUACUGGCCACCCAAGAUAUCCAUUACAGUGGAACUGAGUUGUUGAGCAUUGUAGAAUCGGUGAAUAAAGGUACAGGGACUGUGGGCAUCACUACAUAGAAGAGUGAUUAUUAAAAGAAUGUACUACCAUUAUGUGGAUACUGGCAUUGCAGUAUGUAUAUGUGGCUGUGACUAAUUGACAGAAGAGCUAUACAAUAAUGAUUAGUCAUGCCAGUAGAUAGAUUUUGAUAUGGUACUUGUAAUAUUUAAACCUGGAAUACAAUGCAUAAUUUUCUACAUUAACAGAAGAGAAAGUGUGACAUCAUUCUUGAACAAAACAGCUUUUCUGCAUAGUAUUAUAAAGCCCUGAACAAUAAAAUAAAGACAAUGACAUUCUUCUUAUUGGAACUACAUGAAUUUUGGACUGCAACACCCACUCCCCCAAUCAAUAUAAAAUAUCAAGGAGAAAUUAAUUUAGAUUGUAUUUUUUUCGUCACUCUUAUGUGCUGCUCCCUAUUGUCCAUGUAUUGUUUGAUUCUGUACACAUUACAGUCAAAAUAUUUUGAGCCAGUAAACUAUUUUAAUUAGGCCUACCAAUGCUUUUAUUAGUCCUACAUGUAUACUGGUCCAACCGGAGGAGACUAUACAUGUAGGUCUUAUCUCCGUCCUUCUGUCUGUUCAUCUGUCUGUUCAUCUGCCCUUGAACUUCGGAAAUAGGAAAAUUUAGUUUUUCAGACUUUUUUUCUCAAUAAAAUGUAGUUUAAUCAUAUACCCUUGCAGAUCAAGUUUGACAAUCAUGACAAUUUACCCAAUUUUGACAGAGUUACGGCCCUUGAACUUAGGAGAUAUGAAAAAAAAAAUCAGUCCUUUUUUUUAUAUAAAUGCCUCAAGAUAUUGAGCUGACAUUUUGUGUAUAGAUUUAUCAUGUUCUGUUACAGACCAAGUUUGACUUUUAUGGUGAUUUGCCCAUUUUUGACAGAGUUAUGACCCUUGAUAUUAGGAGAUACCAAAAAAAUUGUCCCGUUAGAGGACAUAUAUUGCUUUUGCAGUACUCUCAGAAUGCUUGUAUAUUGAGUCAUGUUAUGAUUAUGGUAUCGUACUUUGUGCUGUGCUAUAUAUUGGUUGUCAUUAUUUCAUGUUACAGUAUUCAUUUAUUGAUUAAAAUGGGGAGGAUACGAUCUGGGUUUUUUAAAUCAUGUAGCUAGAUAGGUAAGUAUCAGAUAUAUUUGGAUACUGGUACAUAAUGUUUUUUAAUUUUCUAUUUCUAUUUAAAUAUGUGUUUAUUAAUGCAGCACAAUACAUUUUACAUUUGGAACAGCCCUUUAAAGGCUGUGAUAUGUCGUUUGUGACAUUAGGGAUUAUAUAUUUUAGGGUGAAUUUCUGUAUGUUGUAUCACUUUAAAUCAACACGUGUAUGUACAUGUAUCUUCAAUGUAUUACAUGCUACCUUUGUAUCAUUGCACCAUGCUUUUAUUAUCAUUCAACCACAAAUCUCAUUUUUAUUUUAUAUCAUUCUGUGACUGUCAUAUAAGUAUCCAGUAAUAAAAUAUAGUUGUUGA